UAGUGGUCUAAACUUCCUCAGAUUUGGGAAACACUGAUCAUUUUGUCAUGUCACAGGAAUAACAGAUGGGUUGUCCUUGUACAAAAUAUGGUAUCCACCUGCAUUUCAUUAGAGUCGCAUUUUUGUACAUGCCACACCACAAGAUCAUCAUGAUGACAUAGCAGCUUCAGAGUACAGCGUGACUAGGACUUUUUUGUGCUUUUUUUUUUAUUUUCCUCUUGUAACACAGAGGAUCUGGCAGACCUCCUGACACUGUUUACAGCAUAUAUUGGUUGAUACAGUCCCUUAUUGCAUCUGCUCUGGGAAUUAAGGAAAGCAGCUUCAAGGCAGUAAGGGACAAGACACAUUGCAAAAAUGAUUUUAAUUUCCCUACCCAUCUUUCUGUUACUGAUUAGUGGCAUUUUUUGCCAAUAUGAGUAUGGUCCUUCAGAUGAUUAUGGUUAUGAUCCUUUUGGGCCAUCAGCAGCAGUCUGUGCUCCAGAAUGUAAUUGUCCUUUAAGCUACCCUACUGCCAUGUAUUGUGACAAUCUUAAACUGAAAACCAUUCCAAUUGUGCCAAGUGGAAUAAAAUAUCUUUAUCUUCGAAAUAAUAUGAUUGAGGGCAUUGAAGAGAACACAUUUGAUAAUGUAACAGAUCUCCAGUGGCUGAUCCUAGACCACAACCAUUUGGAAAAUUCAAAAAUUAAGGGAAGAGUCUUUUCCAAACUAAAGAAUCUGAAGAAACUUCACAUUAACUACAACAAUUUGACUGAAGCUGUUGGACCACUCCCCAAAACUCUGGAUGACCUGCAAUUAAGUCACAACAAGAUCACAAAAGUCAAUCCUGGAGCACUGGAGGGGCUGGUGAAUCUGACUGUCAUUCACCUCCAGAACAACCAGCUGAAAGCAGAAUCUAUUUCUGGGGCUUUUAAGGGCCUGAAUUCACUUUUGUAUCUUGAUUUAAGCUUCAACCAACUUACAAAGCUACCAACAGGACUGCCUCACUCCUUACUCAUGCUCUAUUUUGAUAACAAUCAGAUCUCCAAUGUUCCGGAUGAGUACUUCCAAGGUUUUAAAACCCUGCAAUAUUUACGUUUAUCCCACAAUAAAUUAACAGAUUCUGGGAUACCAGGCAAUGUCUUCAAUAUCACAUCACUAGUUGAGUUGGAUCUCUCCUUCAAUGAGCUGAAAAGCAUCCCAACUGUCAGUGAGAACCUCGAAAACUUCUACCUCCAAGUCAACAAAAUUAACAAGUUCCCAUUGACCAGCUUCUGUAAAGUUGUUGGGCCAAUGACCUAUUCCAGAAUCACACAUCUGAGACUGGAUGGAAACAAUCUGACUCGGGCUGACCUGCCACAGGAGAUGUACAACUGCCUUCGGGUGGCUGCUGAGAUUUCACUGGAGUGAGAUACCUGGGAGGACCCAGUUCCCUUUUAGGGGAAGUAAUUACAGGAAUAAAAUCAUGAUAGCUUUUUAAAAUUAGGGUAUACCUUUAAAAAUUGUGUCAAUCUGCAUAUUAUACAUUCUGUUUGAUAAUAUUUAGCAUGCAUUUGGCAACCUUAAGGAAAUACACAUUUCCUUUUUGUACAAAUGAUUGUAUUUAGAAAGCACAAGAAUGACCAGAUGUGGUGCAAUGUAUGCCUUCAUCUGGCUAGAUAAGUUGAAGAAAAGCAUUCACCUUCCUAGAAACCUAUGUCCAUGCAUGCAAUACAUGCCAGCUGGUACCUGACCUACAUGGAAGACAGGUGGGUUUCAUCAGAGUGCUGAGCAGUAAGAGCUAGCCUGUGUAAAUACAAGAUUCCUCUCCAACCAAUACAGAUUUCUUAAUUACUCACACCCUUCUCAUAUUUUUAUAAUUUUCAAAAGAAAAAAAAAAGAUUUAAUAGUCUAAGAAAAAAUUAAAAUGUAUGAAAAUAUGUUUUUCAGAGACCACAGCAUUAUUAAAUUGACAGAAUAUGUGAUAUGAAACAGGGAAACAUUUUUCAGGUUUAAAAAUUUUUACUCUUCUUUUUUUCAUACUCUCACUUAAACUUUCAUGGUAAGAUUUUUUAUCCAGUGCUGGUAUAAUUCUUAUUUCAGCAUAAGUCAUAUAUACAAGUAUUUUUAUUCAAUUAUCUGCAUGCUACUUUAACCGGAUUGUAGAAAAUAAAAAAAAUAAAUAGCAAAUAGUAUUUUUGUGUUCAUAUCCUUGUCAACUAUGUUUCAGUCUUUUAUAAAUUGAAAAAAAAAAUCAGGUAAAGACAAGAUAAUCUAAGCUAUUCUAUUAUUAUUAAAAUUUAUUUUAUGGUUAAAUAAACUGUUUUCUCUU